AUGUUCGCUCCCGGUACUAUCCGUACGGCCAAUCCUUUUCUCGAUCGUAGCACACUCAUAGCGCUCCUCCAGGGUUUUUACAAGAUCACCCCGGUGUGGUGCGUGAUACAUCGGCGAGGCAGUCAGCCGUUUCUCAACUGCUGCUCCCAGCUGGGGAUGUCCUGUGAGGUUCCUAUCAAAGAAAGCGCCGGCUACGAUGACUCUCCCGACAAGUCAAGUGAAAGCACCCAAACUGGGACAGAAGUCGCUCCCAUUUCAUCAAGACCGCUUCGCACAGCUAAUUCGUCUUCGAGCGCCGUCGAAGGAUCGCCUGCAAAGAUGCUAAGCCAAGGCCUAUUCUUGCCCAUCACCUCCUAUGUCUUUUCACAAUGUCAAACUAGAGUCAAGCUCAACAGGGUAUACAUGCAGGUGAUAUCACCACGCUCUGGCAUCCAUCAAAUCGUCACCUAUCAUCUCGUAUGA